GUCUGCUGACUUGGGUGACAACGUGCUGACCAGGCCUGGACAACCCACAGUUGCACGAAUACCUCCACCUGUUUUGCCAAGACCGUCACAGCAAACGGGAAGCAGUAGUCUGAGCGCUUUCAGGCCAGCGUAUAGUAGUUCUUUUUCUCCAGGCUACGGUUCAUAUGGAACCUCUUUUUAUGGAAGCUAUAGUCCUUACAGUUACGGAUAUGGUGGUCUGGGUUAUAACCGCUUUCGUACAGAUGAUAUUCCUCCCAGCAGGUUCGUUCAAAAAAACAGCAGGGGUGCGUUUCAGUCCAUUGAAAGUAUCGUGCAUGCGUUUGCUUCGGUCAGCAUGAUGAUGGAUGCCACCUUUUCAGCUGUCUACAACAGUUUCAGAGCUGUGUUGGAUGUAGCCAAUCACUUCUCCCGCCUCAGAGUACACUUCACAAAGGUGUUUUCAGCUUUUGCUUUAGUGAGAACUAUAAGAUAUCUCUACCAACGUCUACAACGAUUGCUAGGUCUGCGGAAGAGCUCUGAGAAUGAAGAUUUGUGGGCUGAAAGUGAGGGAACAGUCUCUCGUGUUGGCCUUGAAGACAAGGCGCCUAACUCUGCGAAAUCCUGGCCUAUUUUCUUGUUCUUUGCUGUUAUAAUGGGAGGUCCCUAUCUGAUUUGGAAGCUGCUUUCUACAUACAGUGACGAAGAAACAGUAUCUAGUAACUGGGCAAGUGGAGAAGGCGAUCAUGUAGUUGGAAGAGCAGAAUAUGAUUUCAAUGCUCUCUCAGAAGAAGAAAUUUCUUUCCGUGCUGGUGACAUGCUAAAAUUAGCACCCAAAGAACAUCAACCCAAAAUCCGUGGUUGGCUUUUGGCUAGUUAUGAUGGCCAAACAACAGGACUUGUGCCAGCUAAUUACAUCAAAAUCUUGGGCAAAAGAAGAGGUAGGAGAACAGCGGACCUGCAAAGGAUUGCAGAGCAACGGCCGGCCUUUACCAGCACAUCUGUUAGAGGAUCUGCUGCUACUGUGACUUCAGAGCAGCAGGAGGCUGCUUUAGAUUCUGUUUUUGCUGGAAGUAGUAAAGUUCCUGGUGCGUCUGACUCCGCUGUGGUUAGUGGAGAGAAACAGGAACUCUAAUGCACUUUCAUCAACAAAGCAACUGAAUGGUGCUUUAUUGAUAAAACUUGGGGUUUGCUGAAAAUCUGUAUCGUAGUGGAACACUGUUGGGCCUGUAC